AAAACCUUCAAAACCCUUUUCCGUCUGACGUAUAUUUGUCGCUGCUGACGUGUGUGUUUGCUUUCAGUGUGACUGCUGUUUGAGUGUGUGAUCAUUUUAAGCAAUUAUCAAAUUCUUCAGUAGUUCGAGUGCACAGGUUUUGUUGAAUACAUAAAGUCAUGGAAGCCGACUGGGAGGAAAUCAGACGUCUAGCUGCGGACUUUCAAAGGGCUCAGUUUGUAGAUACUGUUCAAAGGUUGUCUGAAAGAAACUGCAUUGAAAUAGUGGCCAAGAUGGUGGAGGAUAAGAAGCUAGAUGUGCUUCACACUUUGGAUGGGAAAGAGUAUAUGACUCCUGGGCAGAUAAGCAGAGAAAUGCGUGAUGAGCUCUACAUGCAUGGAGGAAGGAUUAAUCUUGUGGAUCUUCAAAAGAUUAUCAGUGUUGAUUUGGUCCAUGUGGAGAGCAGAGCAAAUGAAAUGGCUAAAUCAGACAAGAGCACACAGCUGAUUCUUGGCCAACUGAUUGAUAAUAAAUACUUGGAUUGCCUUGCUGAGGAGGUGAAUGAUAAACUACAGGCGGCUGGACAGUUGAAUAUCGCAGAGCUCUGCAAAACAUAUGAUCUACCUGGAGAAUUUCUUACUGAAGAGCUGAGUAUAAGGCUGGGCAGAAUUAUCCAAGGGCAAAUUGAUCAGUACAACAGAGGAGUGAUCUUUACCAAAGCUUUCCUCUCCAGACACCAAGCUCGCAUAUGCGGGCUGUUCAGUGCUAUCACAAGGCCUACGCAGAUCAGCGGUUUGAUAAAUAUGUAUGGUUUCCAGGAGAAUUUGUUGUACUCUGUUCUGGAGGAACUGGUUAACAGUGGUCGUUUGAAGGGCUCAGUGGCAGGAGGAAGGCUGGAUAAAGCCAUUUACAUUCCUGACAUCUACUCCAAAACCCAGAGCACUUGGGUUGAGUCCUUUCUCAAACAAAAUGGGUAUUUAGAGUUUGAGGCGCUGACACGUCUAGGGAUUGCUGAUGCAGUCGGGUACAUAAAGAAGAAUUUUAAGUCUAGCAGGCUACUAUUUCUCAAAUCGGCAUGUGUUGGCAAAACCAUUGUAGAUCAGCUAGAGGCCUCAGUUGAAGAGGCCAUCAACUCAGCCACCUGGGUAGACAUACAGCCAAUGCUGCCAAGCAGUCUGUUGGAGGAAGAUGUAGUAAUUCUUUUAAAUGAGGUGGUGAGGACCAUGAACAUGCAAUCCAGUGCAAGGAUUCUCUCCACUUUCGUUAUCAGUGAGAAGUUUAUCAGUGGAUGCCUUGCUUUAUUUGAUGACAUCAUGCAGCAGAAAGCACAGAAGGAAGUGAAAAAUAACCCUGUGUUUCUGAUGGAGGAGGAUUUCAAACAGACAUGUGCAUUACUGGAGACUUUGAAGAAAGAUAAAAAAGACGAACGGCGGAAGAAAGCCUCAGAGGUAAGUGGAAGUGUGAAAGGAGGUGGAGGAGGAAAUGCCAGAGAGAUUAGAAUCCGAAAAACAAAAAAGAAGGGCAGGAGAGACGAAGACAGCGAUGAGGAGACAGCACAUGCCUCUCAAGGGCGAAAUAAGCCAGCAGAUGUGCCCUUCCUGUCAUUGGAAGAGAUCAUAGAAGUGCUGGAGGAGAAGGUAUGUGACAGCUCGGAGGAGAUGCUUCAGGAACUUGCAGAGCAAUUAAUCAGGCCAUUGACAAAGACAUACCAGGAAGUUGUGCAUUCAGCUUUGAAGUCCUCUAGUUCGACUGGAACAGGUGGGAGGCAGAAGAAAAACAUGAAGGAACUUCAAGAAGAGGUCACUAACUUGUACAACAACAUUCGGCUGUUUGAGAAAGGAACUAAACUCUUCUCAGAUGAAGUACAGACUAAUAUUGCCAGGCAUGCUUUGAAGACUGUGUGUACAGAUGUGACCAAUGUUCUGCUGAACUUUGUGGCUGCUGAACACAUACCCUCAGACAGCCCAACUGCCAUCACCAGUGAGGUGAGGCUUAAGAUACUGGCAAAGCUCUCAGAUGAGGUUAAAGGUCCUCUGAUUAAGUUACACAACAGUCUCAAUGGAAAGAGCUUUGAAGACUUUUUGUCAUCGUUAGAGACGAGUGUAGAAAACUGUGGACUCCUCUUAAAGAAAGGAGAUAAGAAAAGAGAGCGGCAGGCUCUCUUUGUGCACCGUCAGGCUUUGUUGGAGCAGCUAAGAGAAGCAGAAGACCCAGCACUUGUGCUGCAUCUAACCAGCAUCUUGCUCUUCCAGAACACCACACACUGCAUGCUGCAUGCACCUGGACGCUGUGUGCCCCAUAUCAUAGGUCUUCUGGAAAGCAAGAUACCCAAGGACCACUACAAACUGUUGUCUCAGUACCAGAGUCUUGUGGUUAAGCAGCUGAUUGGACAUGAUCAUGGCAAGAAGAGUGAUCUGAAAGAAAACUCCACUUCUGUGCCUACUAAUGAAAUGGAGAGCCUUGAGAGAGAGCUUCAUGUUCUCACCAGGGACAUUAAAGACCUUGUCCUUACUCCGAGAAAACCAUCUGUAACAGAGUAACACAGUUUAUUAAAGUAAACAUGUAUAACCACAGACAUUAAAUAUGUCUUGUCAUGUGAGUUGUAAUUUUAUUUGUUAAAUAAAAAGGUGAAUCGAAACAUCA